AUGAGCCUAUUUGCCGCCAUCCGCGGAACUCAGGCAAGAUGCUACCGUCCCAUACGGCCGAAGGCUUUUUCUUCGGUGUUCAUCGCCAGCCAGAGCCGUAGUAGGGGAGUAACAACCUCGACAUCUCCUGCUCAACCCGAGAGUCCGAUACGGUAUAUUCGAAAUAUUGGCAUUGUUGCCCAUGUCGACGCUGGCAAGACGACGACCACUGAGCAAAUGCUCUACAAUAGCGGUGCCUUGAGACAUGCAGGCAAUGUUGAUCAUGGCGACACCGUCACAGACUUCUUGCCCAUGGAGCGGCAGAGAGGAAUCACCAUACAAUCUGCAGCGAUCACAUUCAACUGGCCAAAACCCGGUGGCCAUAACUCGAAUCAGCAGCCACACAUUAUUAAUCUCAUUGACACACCAGGGCACGUAGAUUUCAGGUUUGAGGUCGAGCGAUGUAUGCCCAUUCUAGACGGAGCCGUGUGUGUUAUCGAUGGCGUCGAGGGUGUCGAGGCACAUACUGAAAGAGUAUGGUCCUCUGCUCGAGAGUUCAAAAUCCCACGUUUCAUUUUCGUUAAUAAGCUGGAUCGCGAGGGUGCCUCGUACAAAAAGUCUAUUCAGGACAUUGGGCUGAAGCUCAAUGGAAUGCCUCUUGUCUGCCAGAUACCGUGGUGGGAAGACGAUACCAUGAAGGGCGUGGUAGAUGUCAUCACAGGCCAAGUUGUCAGCUUGGCUGGAACAACUAACUCCCAAGAGCGGUUAUCAGAAAUCGCUGUACACAGCAGCAUCAAAGAUGAGAUCGGGCGUGCUCGUGAGAGGUUAAUUGAGCUUCUUUGUGAGCGAGAUGAUGAGCUGCUGGAGCUAUGGACUGACCAUGGCAAAGAUCUCUCCAGCGAGGCUAUUAAAAAAAGCAUCCGACGUGUUUUGAGCAGCGGUGAUGGUUCCAUAAUACCUGUCUUCGCAGGUUCGAGUUUGAAAAAUAUUGGCGUUGUUCCUUUGCUGAACGCGGUCAAUGACUAUUUGCCAAGCCCUCUUGAUCGUCCAGAACUUGAAGUUAGGAAUGGUAAAAAGAUUCAACCACUUGGCCAAAUUCUCCAACCUUCGCAGAUAUCGAAGAGACAGAAACAGCCUCAUGUUGAAGCAUUGGCUUCUGUCUUCAAGGUCGUCAACGAUGCGCGUCGUGGUAUGUUAACUUGGGUGCGGGUGUACCAUGGCAUCCUAAAGAAGAACACCCCCUUAUGGAAUGCGAACCUACAGGGCUUCGAGAGACCCCUUAAUAUAAUGCAAAUAUCUGCCUCGCAGACUGUUGAGGUUCCAUACCUCGCACCAGGGCAAAUAGGUGCACUCACAGGGUUGAAAACCGCCCGGACUGGCGACACAUUGAUGGUCAUGGCGGCGAACAAAGCCCCACCGCCGGAACUCUCACACAUCCAGGUUCGACCACCUGAAAUCCCACCAGCUGUGGCUUUCAUCGUCCUAGACGCAACCUCACCUACAGGGGCUAGGAUUCUGGAGACCGCGUUGGAAAAUGCAUCGCGAGAAGAUCCCAGUAUCAGAUGGUCAAAGGAUGAGAAGACCGAGCAAUACACGCUAUCAGGCAUGGGGACUCUUCAUCUUGAAAUAGCGCGGGACAGAUUAGAGAACCACUACAAGGCAGAAGCGAUAUGGGGCAAAAUUGUGGUGGACUACAAGGAGAGUCUAUCCAUGCAGACACCCCCCACACGCGCCGUCUUCGACAGAACAGUGGCCGGCAACGUGGGCACAGCAGCUUGCACAGCCGUUAUCGAACCUCUCGAGAGCCACUAUACUGAUACGCUACCGCGGUCCUCUUAUAUCGAACGAGACGGAAACAUUAUCCGAGUCGAGUUUCCCGGAGAAGACCACCCCUUCGACGUUGACGCAACACGCCAGCACCUCGUAAACGGUGCUAUCGCAGCUCUAGCCCGAGGCCCACGCCGCAGCUCCCCUAUAUACAAGUGUCUCGUGACGCUCACGUAUGACAGUGCAACAGACUAUUUCGGCACGGUAUCUGGCGCGCACUUAUCCAGCGCGGCCAAGAAGGCCGUGAAAGACGCCUUAGCAACGGCUCAACAACAAAACAGCAUAACGAUACUCGAACCCGUGAUGCACGUGACCAUCAUCUGCCCCGAGUCAGCCGCCGGCGCAAUCCAGCACGACCUGCAUUCUGCGCGGGGCGGCCAGGUGCUCGAGGUCCGUGAUCUGCAGGACACCAGCGGCGCCAACAACGCCGCUACGGGGGACGCCGAGAUCAAUAUCGACGACAUCUACGCGCCGCCCGACUCGUACGAUUUCCAGAAGUCGCUGCGCGAGACCCGCAAGGGCCGCCUGCGCAUGCUACAGAUCACAGCCCAGGUCCCGCUCGCCGAAGUCCUUGAUUACGACAGCGUGCUGCGCAGCAAGACGUCCGGCCACCACUCCUUGGCCAUGGCCCUGGAUACAUUCGAGCGGGUCACGGGACCGAGGGAAAAGGCGCUUCUUUAA